AGUAGUCUCGCGGCGGCGCCCGCGUCGUCGUGUGCAGCGCCGGAGCUGUCCCUACUCGUCGGGCUCGAAUGCAGCGCAUCGUCCUCGGCGCCGCCCGCUACUGAGAUGGCCGAGCGCUUGGCCUACUUAGAGCUGCCCGGAUAGACGAUCCUCAAGCAGAGUGCAGAAUGUUCAACAUGGCGAGCAGCAACAAGACGCCCGAGAUGAACUACACGUGCGAGAUCUGCGGCCGCGAGGGCUUCAACGACGAGGAAAUGCGCUCGCACAUGGCUCUCUACCACCUCAAGGGCGCUGCGAACUGUCCCUUCUGCGACCUCGGCGAGAUCUCCCCCGCGGAGAUGCUGCUGCACGUCAACAGCGCGCACCUCGACUACCUUACGCCCAGCACACCGGACGAAAACGACAUGAUGGCGUUCAUCGACGACGACGCGAUCCUGGAUCAGCAGCAGGAACAUCGUCGGAUGAAGCAGCGGGGCGGCGACGACGCUCGAGGUAUCGCCGCUUCGUCCUGCAGCGGCAGCAGCACCACCUCCUCGACCUCGACCCUCUGCUCCUCGCCGUACCGGCAGAACGGCUGGUCCACUCCGCCGAGCUCGUCCAGGUCGUCCGCGACACUCGUCAAGAGGGAAGAGGCCUCCUCUGCGGCAGCAGCUUCUUCCGCGGCUGGCAGCUCGCUUGUCAACAAUAACAACAACAAUAACAACACUAGUCAUGUAAAUAAUGUUCCAGAAAGCACGGCGGGCCAUGGUUCUCCACUGCGCUCCAGUUUGAAUCUUCAAUUGCGCUCGCAUGCAACUCCUAAGCUUCCAGUACAAGAAUGUCCAAUGUGUCCUUAUAGUUCAGACAGUCCACUCAGACUGGAAGAACAUAUCAACCGUCAGCACUUUGACCUAACGUCGCCGUCUCUUCCACCUGAGUCUCCCCCAACUCGAGAUAGUACAUUCAACUGCCCGUUCUGUGUCACAUCCUUUCCCAAUUCAUCUGACCUGGAGUUACACGUCAACAUUGAACACAAAGAUAUAUUAAGCCCAGCAAAAGCAGCAUCUCCUUACUCGGACGUAGCCACCAGUGGUGGAGAGACUCCGUCGUGUCCUGUCUGCCUGAGCACUUUGUUCAAGAACAGCGAUGAACUCACAGCCCACAUCGAGGAGCACUUCACAAAGAAAGGUACCCCCUCACCAAUAACGCCGGAUGCCUCCACGGAUAGACUGCUCGCGCGCGAUAUGGAGAGGCGCGAAAAAGAAGUCAGAAGGUUAAGGGAACAGCGCGAGUUCGCGCUGCUCCAGGCACAAUACGGAAUGGACAAUCAGGGUAACUUUAGGGAACAGAGCGUCACGAAUAUGCAGCGGGCUGUGUAUGCUGGCGAGAUGUCUGUCGCGGAUUACUACGAGAAACAAAUCGAGCUGAGGGUCGCUGAAAACAGCGGCAUCGACGACGGAAGUUCUUGUACCAGAGUCAAAAAACUUACAGGGCUGGUCCCCAAAGUACGAGCAGUUAGUCAAGCAUGCAGCAAUGUAGUGAGUACGUGGAUGUGUUCAACGGUAGAUCAUUAUGCUGUGACAUAUGGAGACAAAGGAUGGGGCUGUGGUUACAGGAAUAUGCAGAUGAUGAUAUCUUCGCUGCUGCAGCACACAGGAUACAACGAGUUAGUGUAUAGAGCUUGGAGUUGUGGUGUAGGCAACAGCAGCUCCUGUGAGAAUCCACAACGAAGCUCAAUGCCCUCGAUCUCGCGUCUGCAGAAGAUGAUUGAGUGGGCUUGGGCACAAGGAUUUGACGUACAAGGUGCUGAACAACUGGGAGCCAAAUUGGUGAAUACCAGAAAAUGGAUUGGUGCUACAGAGGUUGUAACCUUGCUAUCCAGUUUGAGAAUCAGGUGCCAGUUGGUAGAUUUUCACAGACCAACUAGCUCAGAUGGUGGCCACCCAGAAAUGUUUAAGUGGGUGUUGCAUUAUUUUCAACGAAAUGACGAUUUUAAACCGCCUCUGUAUCUUCAACAUCAGGGUCACAGUCGAACUAUAAUGGGAGUGGAACAACUGAGAGAUGGCUCCAUAAUAAUGCUUGUACUUGAUCCAAGUCACAGUCCAGCACAAAUGGCACAGUUCAAUAGCACAAGCAGUGCACCAGGAGCCAUGAGGCUUGUGAGAAUAUCUGCUGCUGCAAUGAAAGCCAGGCAAUACCAAGUAGUCGCUGUGAUAGGUAUCAUGGACACAGAAAUGCAAUACCAACAAAGUAAGGUGCUACAUUCCUUGAGGAUUCCCCAAGAUAGGUGAGACUUAAUGACAAAGAGAACAAGCUGUUCUUGGAAAAAAAGAUAUUUUGAUUUUAGUAUAAUUUCUCCCCUAGACCGUGAGAUUAUGUGAAAGAAAAAUAAUUUCCAUUAAAAGAGCCUUGCGCUACUAUAGCGGUUAAUCAAUGUUAUUCUUACAUUGCAAACCAUCUUAAUAAUUAAAAAAAAAAAAAAAAAAAACAUUGACAUCGGAGGGUAACUCAACGUGAAAGUUAAUCUGCGACACCAAUGUUAUUCAUAAGAUCUUAAAUGUUAAGACGACGAAUUUACCGAAUUUAUUCCUUAAGCAUAAUCGUGAUAAAUGUGAAUUUCAGAGGGACUCAAAAAUAAUGUCAGCUUAAGACUAAAUAAAUAAAUGUAAAAUAAAUUGACUUAAGCUUUGAAGAUAUAAUUUUCUGUUGAUGUUUCAAGUCCCUCUUGAAUUCUUUAGCUUUCGAGUAUUUCUCGCUUAAAGCGAUUGUGCUCUCGAGGCUAUCACUUUAGUCCAGAUGAUUCUGCGCAAUUUUCGUCGAACCAAUCAACAAAGCCAUGGCAGUUCUUCGACCAAAUCUUUCUGCAUCAGGAUUGGAAAUGUGAAAAUCAUAUGUUAUUGUGACGAUGCAAUCAGUUUUUAAUAAACGAAAAAGGACGCUUCAAGGAA